AUGCUUACAGACUUCACAGACCUAUUUGACCACAAUGAAAACAAAGUGUUGGAGGGCCAUGAUAACGACCUCAUCAGCGAUAUCACCCCUGAAGAAUGUGCCCAGAGGUGCCUAGAAGGAACCACUACCGUGCCAGAGGGGGAGUGUUUGUCGUUUGACUACUGGAAGUCACGUACCAGAUGUCAGCUGAGUAGAGACAACAAGGACUCAGCUGGAGAGACACUUGGUUCUAACAAUAUCGCCAGUUUCUUCUCUGAACACGCCGAUCAGGCCCUAGGCAGCCACGAUGACGUUAUUGUCACCCCACCGACUGUGAGUCCCCGGACAUGCGCACUGCGGUGUCUGCUGGGAGAAGGGAGCCUCUCAGUUGGGUCCUGUCUGUCCUUUGACCUGGACAAUAACAACCCACGGUGUCUGUUGAGCAGUGACAACCAGAACACAGCCGGACAACCACUAGAUACCAACACAAGAUUUGAUCACUACCAACGGAACGAAUUCUGUAUUCCCAACCCCUGCAUUGAUCUCCACCAAUGGUUGUGCACGAACCAAGCAAACGGCUACAGCUGUACAUGUGAUCCGGGCUGGGAGGGAGACUCUUGUGACACGUACACAGGUACCAUUACGCCACAGAACUGUGCCGAUCUGUCAGCCAUGGGAAUCCAGACCAGCGGUACUUACCAUGUCGGCCACCCUCAGCCAUUCCAAGUCUCCUGUGACAUGGACACUGAUGGCGGUGGGUGGACGGUCAUACAGCGGCGCCAGGACGGGUCGGUGUCGUUCGACAACACGUGGGACGUGUACGUGCAGGGAUUCGGUGACGUAAGCGGAGAACUAUGGAUAGGACUUGAACACUUACACAGUCUAACGUCACAGCAGCAGCACGAGCUGUAUGUGUACUUGGAAGACUGGGAAGGUAACACUAAGUACGCGCGGUACAGCACGUUUGCUGUGGGAGAUUCAACCAGUAAAUACACGGCUACAAUCAGCGACUACACCGGGGAUCCGACUUUAACUGAUGACUUGGCUCCCACAAGUACACAUCACAGCAUCAACGGUAAAAUGUUUACAACAAAGGAUCAAGAUAACGACGCCAACUCCGUCAACUGUGGAGCGUCAUUCGGCCCAUCAGGCUGGUGGUUUCCGCCGAGUUGUGGUCUGGCCUUGUUAAACGGACAGUAUCUGACUGGAUGCAGCUCUAGCUCUAGCUGCACCAGCGCUCAGGGGAUUGUGUGGAAAAACUGGCUAGGCUACGGAUACUCACUGAAGAAAACAGUCAUGAUGAUCAGGCCGAGCGGUUUCCCAGGUAAGUACAAGAUCUAA